AUGAUUGUUUCGUGGACACCUGCUGCACGUAGGGUGGGUCGGGGACUGCUUCUUCGGGGAAAGAAUCUUCCUAACAACUUACUUUAUCUGUCACAUUGGAUUUUUUUCUCUUUCUCUUCAACGUCGUCGCGACUUUGUUUCUCGUCUUUUUUUCAUUCAUUUUCUCUUUUCUUUCUUUGUCAUUUUUGCUUUUGCUCCCCAAUGUUUUGCCUUUAUUGCUUUAUUUUCUAUUCCCUUCUUCGCCCCCCUCCCCACCUCUUCCUCUUUUGUCCUUUUCUCCCUCUCUUCCUCCUCUGCUCCCUUCACUCUCUCUUCACCCUUCCCUUUUCCCCCUCUCGCCAUCUCUUCCUCUUUUGCCCACUUCUCCGUCUCUUCCUCCUUUGUCCCCCAUCUCUCUCUUCCUCCUUUCUCUUCCUCCUCUGCUCCCUUCAUCCUCUCUUCCUUCCCCCUCCCCUCUUUUCCUUUUCCAUUCAUAUCUUCCUCUUUUGCCCUCUUUUCUCCUUUGUCACCAUCUCUCUUUCUCCUUUGACCCCUCUCUUCCUUCUUCCCUCUCCCCAUCUCUUCCUCUUUGCUCCAUUCCAGCUCUUUUCUUCUCUUUCUCUACUCCUCCCUUUCUUCCCUCUUUCACUCAUUUCUCUCUUUCCUACUCACUCCCUUUUCAUAUCCUUAUCUGCCGCUGUCUUAAGUUCAUCACUCAUUCAACUACUCAUCCCCCCGUCUUCUCUCCUACUACUCCCUCUUUCCCUCUCCCUUCCGUCCAUAUCCCCACUCGCUAAUUACUUCUUCUCUUUCUGCCUCAAACGCAUAAGAUUUUUUUUAAAGCACAAGUGGGUGAUGAAAACGGUCCGUUCAAUCAGGGAGAAAAAAGAUUAUUUCGCGUCGAACCGAGAACUUUUCAAUACCCACUUCAUAUACCCGUACUUAUGA